AAUUGACCUCAGAAUUAAAAAUUGAUGAGGAUGAAGAUUGUAUAGAUUUUUUAAAUGAUUUUGAUUCUCAUGUUUCUGCUGACUCAUCGUUUGAAGAAUUAAAUGAAGCGUUUACAUUAGAUGAAAUAAGGAGUGCUAUUAAAUUGUUAGGCAGGGAUAAAGCAUGUUCUUUAGAUAAUAUUUCAUAUGAGUAUUUUUUAGAAGGUAUUGAUGUUUUAGAUAAACCGUUAGAGAUCUUGUUUAAUUAUAUUCUUGAUAAACAAUGUUUCCCAAAGUCAUGGUCUAAAGGUGUCAUUAUACCUGUAUUCAAAAAGGGAGAUAAUGCUGAUGUAAAUAAUUAUAGAG